AUGGACUAUGGGGGUGUUCCCCUGUGGAUUAAUCGCAUACUCGGUGAGCCCAGUGUGCUCAGCAUUCAGGGGCGGAUGGAUCGGGCCUGGUUCCGAGCUAACAACCCCCAGGCAUGCCCUCAACAAUGUGACUGCCCCAUCCAGUGGCCCACAGCACUCUACUGUGACCACAGAGGCCUGGCAGACAUCCCUGACCAUCUGCCCGGGAGAAUUCAGUACCUGUUUUUGCAGGUGGGAAAAGCACAGACACUUGAAGUGUGUUUUGUUGUUGUAAACGCCUCCUUCUACUAACUCACAGAGGUUUUUUAUUUCCUGUUCUUAUUACAACAGCAGCUGACCUCUACCCCAGAGGGCUGAAUAAUCUUCAUUCAAAGUGGAGUAAAAGGUCUGAAUUCAUCAGGCCUUUUUCCUUUUGUCCCCAGGGUAACAAUAUCUCAUCCCUGUCCUCCCCAUCACUAGCCAACAUUACUGGUUUACGCUGGCUCAUCCUAGAUCACAACCAGCUGGAGAGUGACACAAUGGACCAGGCUGUCCUGCAGAACCAAACUGAGCUUCACUACUUUUUUGCCAACCACAACAACCUGAGAACAGUUCCCAGUGCUCUACCGGCAGGACUCAAGCAGCUACGACUGGCUCACAACCAAAUCAGCAGCAUCAGCGCUGAAACUUUCCAGAAAAUGCAGAACCUGACGCUGUUGCUACUGCAGGGAAACAGGCUGCAAACCAUCACAGAAGGCGACCUCAAAGGUAGUGUGAUGUGUCAUUUCCUUUCUGUGUAUAUGAAGACCUACCAUGGGUGGUGAGAAGUGAGAGAGUGCAGAACCACUUUGUUCUGAUCUUGUGCACCUAUCAAAAACACCAUACAGACCACAGUUUAAAAAACUGAUGAGUCAUGGUGAGACAUUUUUCCUUUUUACUGUGUUGUUGGUCACAUAAUAUAUUCUGAAAGUAAUCAAGUCAACAGAUUGCAUCAUGUGAUGCAUCCUAAAACUUCAUAUUCUGCCUUUUUUAUUUGAUUCCUCUGAUGAGUACAAUUGUUAGGUAAAAACUAAUUUAUCUCAAGAUCUGGACAACUCUUCUUCACAGGACAGAACUUAACAACAAAUCAGGACUCAGUAACUAAAAGAGGCAAAUUUUUCAACCUUAUUGUGAUCCUGAAAGGAUUUGCUUUUGUCAUGCCAGCAUGAAAUCUCCUCAGUAUAUCUGAAGCUCCUACUUGUUAUGAUAAAAUAGCAGUUUUUUUUUUUUUUUUUUUUGUUAUCAAAGGUUAUUUGAUAAAGCCAACAUCUCACGUCUCACAUAAAUACUACUCAAUUGAACAAAAACUUAUUCUGCCACAAAGAUUUGACAAUGUCAUUUUUGCAUUUGUGUGUUUGUCUUCCUCUUGUCCUGCAGGUCUCAUCAGUCUGAACCUGCUGGACCUGAGUGAGAAUCUGUUCUCAUCUAUCCCCAGACAUUUACCUCUGUCUGUCCAGCAGCUCUACCUGUCCAAUAACUCUCUCUCUGGACUGGAUGGGGACAGCUUUGCGGGAUAUCUCCAGCUGAAAUAUCUUCGUCUAAGUCACUGUGGUUUAAAGAGCAUCAACCCACAGGUCUUCAAUGUCUCCAGCUUGGUUGAACUGGACCUUUCGUAUAACAAACUCACUACUAUUCCCACCGUCCACACUUCCUUGCAGUACCUCUACCUUGAGGCCAAUGAAAUUGAAGGUAAAGUUCACACACAGGAUCCUGUGUACGCAAGGUAUUAAAAUGUAUUACUGUAAAGUGGAGUCUCUAUUUACAGUAAGUGAAUGAGUAAGUAUGUAAGUAAGUAAAUUACAGAUAAUGAUCUAGGUGUCAUGGUUGAUGACCAACUAGCCUUUAAGGUUCAUGUUGCCUUGAUUGCUCAUUCCUGCUGAUUGACCUUCAUAACACUUCGCUGUUUCUUCUCUGAAUUCCAGCUGCAGUUUGCAUCAAAUUCAAAACUCUACUUCUUGCUUGUAAUGACCUAUACUGCAGUCCAGCGAAAGGGUGUGCUGUUCUUGGAGUGGCUUCACCCAGUGAGGAGGCAGACGCUGUCCAUUCUAUAUACAGUCUAUGAGUCAAACACACCGUAUACCGAGUUAGACACCCCCUCGAAAGAUGAAUUUUGCAGACCACUUGCUUCUCUAAAUAUACCAACUUUAGUAAUGACCGCACCAUAGCAAUACAGCAGUCUAUGGAUCUACUCGCACACCUCAACCAAAAAAGCCACUCUAUAGCCACAAAUAAUGCUCAGAAUAGCACCUAACUUCAUCAACAGUACAUAUAGGGACAUCGCCACAGCACUAGCCACCAAACAUCAUUUUAAGUUUGCAUGAUUUCUUUAGCAAAGAGACUACAUACAACCCACCUCCUCUCUUCCAGCGGCCGCUUGUUUGUACAAAGACCUCGGAUGAGACUGCAGCGGGGUGAUGCAACUCAGGGAAGAACAUUUAUGAAUUUUACUUUAUGGAAAUGCAAUCAGACCACUAAGGCAGAAGAACUACUGCAUCUGCAGUGCAAAAUGAUUAAUAUGGUGAUCAUAAAUGUUCUCCCUUGAGCUGCGUCACCCCGCUGCAGUCGGUGAUGGACUCAUCCGAGCUCUCUCUACAAACAAGUGGCUGUUGAUAUAAUGUACUGUUGAUAAGGUUAGGUUCUAUUCUGAUCAUUAUUUGUGGCUAUAGAGUGGCUUUUUGGUUGAGGCUUUUGGUUGCGGUCGUUACUAAAGUUGGUAUAACUAGAGAAGAAAGCAGUCUGCAACAUUCAUCUCUUGAGGGGGUGUCUAACUCUGUGUUACGGUGCGUUUGACCCUAACCUAAUUUUACACCGGAAUAUCCCUUUAACAGCUGUUCUCAUGGGGGUUGUUAAGGGUUUUUGACCAUUCAGAAUCAAGUGUUUAACACAGUAGGGUAACACUCUAUAACAACCACCAUACUUAACCUGUGGUGUCUUUGAAAAGUAUAUGUCCCUUUUGGGUUAUUUUACCAUAUGAAAGAUGAUGAACAGCUCAUGUGUACAGGAUUGACGUGUGCUGAAAUAUAAGGCUUGAUUUAUCCCGUUUUUCAUCCAUCCAGCUCAAAUGCAUACACUUAACUCGUGAACGUGGGAAUGCCACAAAAAAUGAUGAAGCUGUAAGAUUUUCAUGGGACACAGGAGAAAAGUUAAAAAGUCAGACAACAUUAAUCUUCAAAUCAGACCUGAUUGUACCCUUAGAGAGGGGGAGAGAGAGGGGCGAGGGGUGGGGUGAGGGGGGGUUGCCCCUCUAUAAAUGUGUGCGCCCAUUGCCAAAAGCUUGUGGCUCAGUGCCACCCUAAAGGAUCUGUGGGUUUACACCUGUACUUUUGUCUUUUUUUCUUGGUAUUUCAUCCCUCAGGAGACAUUUUAAUACCAGGUGCAAAAAGGGGCAAAGAAAGCAUGCACAUACACCCUAACUGUCCAUACCCUAAUUGUCGAGUUGUAACUGACUCAGUGCGUUUGAAAUGUUAAUUUCACCCACCUGUGCACACAUGCAUAUAGUCUACAACAAUGGCAGCAAGGUGAAAUAUUGCUGGGUUACGUGGCUGACCACCUGGGGAGGCCAGAGAUACAACUCUGCUGUGAGCAAGAAGAAGAAGAAAUGUGGAAAAUGUGAACUGUGAAGACAAACUCUUUCAGUAACACAGCCGGUCCUCAUCAGUCCAUAUGGACACAGUCAGAGCCGAGGGUGGGGCAGUUUGUAGGCAAAGCAAGUCAGAGGUGGAGAGAGUGAAGAUGAACUAGGACACAUGGAAAGAGAAAACGUAAGAAGAGGGUGCAGCAGAGAGGAAGAGGAGGGAAUACUGGUGGCUAGCAAGUUAGAGGGAGAGUUUUGAAAACAUCUGCAAUGGAUUCAAAGAUAAGAGCCAGAAGCACAUGCUGUUCCCCUCUUCAUCAUAUCCCCCCUGUCUGCUGCACAUGACGCUGGUCUAUAUAUAAAUAUAUGGUUUUUUUUUUCUUCUUUGCAAUAUAUGAUUCAUAUUACAGCGCAGCAGACUUGUAGCCAGGAGCUUUAUUUUGUCUCACAUGACCAUCUGGCAGCAAUGACCUGGUACACAAAUUUGGCUCAUAAGCUCUGGCAAAGUGAAAAUGUGUACUUGUUUUUCUAUCCAAUAACCAGACUGAGAGACGGCAAAACUCUUACAAUAACACACACCUCAUCGUCUAGCUACUGCGGUUCGUGUUUGCCAAGCCCACAGUCUGGGUCCAGGGAGGCUCUACUCCUGAAAUGAAGUGAGAAAGCAAAAGAGGGUGUUGUGGUUUCCUCAUGCUCAGCUUUUCACCGCAGCACCUGCAAGACGUCUAAUGGGAAAUACAGACUGAGAGGCAGUGGCUGUACAGAGCCAAUCAGCUCAGACAGUUUUUGUCCUUGGAUUGAGGCACAUCAUCUUAAUAAUUUACAUGUGAUAAACACAUGGUCUAUGAUGUGAAAUCAAAGCUCUCUGGCAAGCUAUACUAUCUGUCAUGAUUAGACAAGACAGAAAUAAGCAGAUGGCUGUCACUCUGGUGAACAAUAAGUCUUUCAAGAUAAAAUAUGGUCUCUCCAAUUCUUAGGACAAAAAGCAGUCUCUUUUCUGUCUGCCUUUCCACCACAGGGUUCAACACAACCAGUUUCUGCAGAGAGGUUGGACCAGUGUCCUACUCCAGGAUGAAGAUAUUACGACUGGAUGGAAACAAGAUGACCUACCAACAGCUGCCACAAGACUGGGUCUUCUGUCUGCGAGUACUUCAAAGUAUUUACAUCUGA